AUGGCUCCGGAACCGCCGUCUCCAUCGGCCUCCUCCACUCUCCUCCCCUUCCUCGGUGGCAGCGCCAGCAGGCCUCGACGUGGCUCGCUUGCCUCUCUUCAGUCUACGAAAGGUGAAAUCGACAAGGAUGUCUUGGCUCAAGCACUUGACGAUAUCCACACAUCGGCCUCGAAAUCGGAUGCGUUGACAUCCUUCCACGACUACGAUGGGGGACCGGGGUCGAAGAAUGGGGCGAAAGAGCUGGUCAGUAGCGGUGUCAGCGGCGUCUCGGGUCUGUACGACAAACUGUUGCGUGGGCUUGGUGGAGGGUCGGCGUCAGACGGAAAGAGUGCGAAGAGUGGUACGGGCAAAGCGAGACCGAAGACGAGCGCAAGCAGAGACAGUAUUGACGGAGAGAGCGUGCUGAGCAAUUUGUCUGGAGCUAGAACUGCUGGGCUGGGUCUCAAGGAUGAUACAGCUAGCAUGGUAUCUAACAUGAGCGCAGCCCCUUCCACAAUGAUGCCCAGCCCAGCUAGUACGGGUGGUUCACGGGAUCGCAAUGUUUACCCGGCAGAUAUCGAGGGCGAGGAAAAUCGCAAAGUUACGCGUUUGGCCAAAGAAAGCAUUACUGAAAAUCCGCUUGAGCAGAAAUCCAGUCAAUCCACCGCGCAGACCAUUCUGGACCCUUUGGAGCAAGCUGAUAUUCAUCGAGUCAGGAGCGGUCCACUUGACGAAGAGCAAAGUACAGCCGCAAGUCAAGCUCUGGCGCGUGUUCUAUCCCACCACGAUGCCUCCAACGGAGAUCUACCUAGAGUCUCGCACCACACGAGCAUCGAUCGUCGGGAAGAGCAACCACCAGCUGGACCUGGUCAGAAAACUCUACUAUCUCCUCAGAGUAUCCCGUCGCGCCAACAAAGCAGCUUGCUCAGCCCAACCGCAAAACGUCCCUCACAGGAAACCGAUUCCGACAGACCGCCACUUGUUCGUAUUGGCCCCUCCCACCUUCCUGGUUAUGAACCCUCUAGAGCCUCUUCAACGGAUGGCCACAGCAGCUCCACGACCACUGGUCCUGCGAAUAAGCGGCGCGCACUCGAUCCGUCGCCUAACAUCAACACCGCUUUGCAGCGCCGCCGAACCGACAUGCGACCGCCGCCAAUUCCUCGCCCGCCAGCUGAAGCACCCUCUCAGCUUCCUACUCAUCUUCGUCGUAGAGUGAUCAGCAAGGCCUUUUGGAUGAAAGAUGAGAAUGCAAAGGACUGUUUCUACUGCGGUCAGCCUUUCUCUACAUUCCGGCGAAAACAUCAUUGCAGGACUUGUGGUCAGAUCUUCGAUGCCAAAUGCACGUCACUUGUUGCCGGUAGGCCGUUCGGACAACCAGGAACUAUCAGGCUGUGUAAGCCGUGCGAAGCCAUGAUCUACGGCAGCGACGAUGACAGUACAGUGUUCUCUGACGAUGGGGCGAGUGUUUUUGACCGUAGCCCGAUGGUUGGAAGACGUUCGUUCGGCGAUGACGAUGACCUGCAUGGAAAGAUGGACGGUAUCGACGAGAGAAAUGGCGACAUCGCCGAAGUCACUACACCCUCGAUUGGAAUCCCGGCAAGUCGUAGGACGAGAGAGAGUAAGCGGAGAAGCGCAGUCAUCGAAUUUGACGCUGCUCCGUCUUCGACAAUGGCACGGCCGGCAUCUUCGCACUCCCUUAUAUCGCUCGCAAGGCGUCCAAGAUCUUCAAGCCACAGACGUUUCCACUCCCGGCAUCAGGCUAUACGCGGAGUCCGAACGCCUGGUGAUGAGCGUGUGCCGUUUCAGCCUGGGUCCAUCGACGAGGACGACAAGAAGUCAACUCUGCCAGCUUUUCACAACGACAACGUCAUCGACCCGGACCUUGCAGCUUUCCUCUCCGAUGAAGGCAGCGAUGAGGAAGACCAGCAGGGCUCGAUCUUUGCCACCAUUGACGGUAGCAGCCAUGGUUCUCUCGGCGAGCGAGACCGGCAAACCUACCUUGCUGGACACCUCCAUGCUGUCGCAAAGAAAGGCCGCUCAAGGCUCAACACGGGGUCGUAUUAUCGUGCUGGGGCAGGAGUACGAGAGGAUGAGCCCGCAGCACAGUCGGCCAAGCACCUGCAAAAGCUUAACAGGCACCGCAACCCGAGCGUAGGAAGUCUGUCCCUCAGCCGGCCAUCCCCACGGAGAAGCAGAAGCCAAAAUUUGACCCUGCAUAUGCCUGUGAAUACACCUGGCGAGCCCGGAUCUUUCCUCGACCACCAGCAUCACUCCCCUCUGAUGGGCCACUACCCAACAGCCGGAACCAGGUUUAUCAGAAGCUCGGCCAUGCGAGGACGGGAUGCACCACCAGUCGAGCUCAACCGUGCCAGUUUGGAUCACAUGCGUCGCCUGCUGGGACAACUUCUCAAAGACCACAGCAUACCUGGUGCAAAAGCUUGGGAACGGGCUCUAAUGCCGAUAUUGUUACAGUGCACGGACGACGUCAAGCCGGACAUCCAGCUGGGUGACGACAUGGACAUCCGACACUACAUCAAACUCAAGAAGGUUCCCGGAGGCCGACCAGGCGAUACAUCGUACAUUUCUGGUGUAGUCUUCAGCAAGAAUGUGGCGUUGAAGAGUAUGGCGAGAAGUAUCGCUUCUCCCAGAAUUGCCAUCGUUACUUUUGCCAUUGAGUAUGCUCGUCAUCAGGCACACUUCAUGAGUCUUGAGCCAGUGAUUGCGCAAGAACAAGAGUAUCUGCGAAACUUGGUUGGCAGGAUCGCAGCAUUGAAACCGAGCGUACUCUUGGUGCAACGAAAUGUAUCGGGUCUUGCCAUCGGCUUGCUUGAGAAGGCUGGGAUCAUGGUUGCCUACAACAUCAAAGAAUCUGUCCUGGCCGCCGUUGCUCGAGUUACGCAGACGACCAUGAUCAAGUCGGUCGAUAAGCUAGCGAUUGACCCAUCUCACCUCGGACAGUGCGAGAGUUUUGAGAUCAAGACAUUUGUCCACGACGGGGCCAGGAAAACUUACAUCUACCUCUCCGGUUGCCAACCAGACCUGGGCUGCACUAUCGUAUUGAGAGGGGCUGACACCAAGACCCUACGCAGGCUCAAACGAGUCACCGAAUUCAUGGCUUAUGUGGCGUAUAAUCUCAAGCUGGAGACUAAUUUGUUCCGAGACGAGUUUGUCUCCAUUCCUACUUCUACUGGCGAUCAGCUCGAAGCACCGGAUGCUCCUCGCUUGGUGAAAGAGAACAGCGGCUCGAUGGAGAUUGGAAUGGGAUUUGACCACGGAGAGAGUCUUCUUGAUCCGAAUGCACGUCCCAUGGCUGGCAACGAGCCUUCGAAAUACGAGCUGAUGGAGAAGGAAUGCAAGUCGAGGAUUUUGUCUGCCAGCCCAUUCGUCGUCUUCAUGCAACCUUACAUGCUCACGCAAUUACGAGACUCCGAGCGCAGAUUGACGGCGUACAAGAAGCUGAGGGAUCAGUAUGCCGCUGCGGACGAAGCUGGAGACGAGAACGAGAAGCCUGCCAAGGAGAAGUUCGAGAUUGUCAAGCCGGAGAUGGUACAUGCGCCGCCAUCAAAGGACCAGCCAAAAGCCGUGCGAGAGUAUCUGCAUGCAGUUCACCAAGUGCAGUACGACAAGACAUUGCACACCUACGAGACGCAACGGAAAUUGCUGGAGAGCUUCACCGGCGGCUCUACUAAUCCAUUCGAUCCCUUCUCACACCAAAAGAUCAUUGUCCUGCACUCAAUCGUUUCGACCAUCAACUCUGCGCCAUGCGUAGGCCCCGAGCAGCUAGGUCUUGGUUUCUACGCCGGCUACAACCACGUGGAGCCACAAUUCGAAGAAGACUGCACGCUUGGGCAAUACGUCGAAGAUAUAUGCAUCUCAGCCGGCAGCAAGUGCAAAGAGUGCGACAAGAAGAUGUCCGAUCACUACCGCCAGUACGUUCAUGGUUACGGACAGUUGUCAGUUUCUGUCUCUCGGCAACCGGCGAAAUUACGAGGCUAUGAAAAGACUAUACUCAUGUGGUCUACCUGUCGCAUCUGCAAGCAUGACACGACGCUCAUUCCGAUGAGCGACAACACCUGGAAGUACUCGUUUGCCAAGUAUCUGGAGCUCAGCUUCUGGAGUUCUCCAUUACACCCUCGAGCUGGUGUAUGCGGCCACGACAUUCACAAAGACUUCUUGCGCUGCUUUGGAUUCGAAGAUCUAGCGGUUCGGGUACGAUAUGAUCCGGUUGAGAUCUACGACGUCGUUGUCCCGAGAGGCACAAUCACUUGGAAGGUCGAAAGUGAUUUGACUGUCAAGAAUGAGCAGUAUUCGCACUUUGCUGCGAGGCUGAAAGCUUUCACCGACUCCAUCAUCAGGCGUCUGGAUUCGAUCAACGUCGAUACGUUGGAUGAGAAGAAAGCGCUUGAGGCAACUGACUAUCUGGUGGAACUGCGGCAACGAGCUGAAGCCGACUCCAAAGAGCUGCUGCAUAAGCUGCAGCAAAAGUACGCCGUGUCAAGGUACUAUGAGCUGAUCCCGCUCAACCGCGCCCUGAGAUUCAUGGAUGAGAAGGCUCUGAGUUGGGACGAUGUCUUCAAUGACUUUGAACGAGACUACUUCCCUUCAGAAACGGACAUUCGGAAGCUGGCGACAUUGCAAUUGAAAAACAUGUUCUUAGAAUCCCAGCCAGCAUCAAGCACGGUCACGAGUGAUGUGUCCGACGACGAAGACGGUGUGGACGAGAAACCUCAUGCGAAAACCACGCUGCAUCCGGCCGACCGAGAGUUGCGUUCGGAGAAAGCACACCACGUUCUCGCCUCAACUAUGGAAGAGCACCGGGGCACCAUUGCGGACGGCAGCGACGUGACUGCAGCGCUUCAGGAGGAACCGCAAGUUAAGCUCGGUAGUAGCUUGAGCAAGACUACUUCUCCCCGUGAGGAGCAGGAGCAAGUGGUGCAGCGAGAAGAGGUUAGGCACCUGGAUCUUGCUGUACCUGUGGAUACACCGGAAGACGCUUCUGCCACUGAGCUUGCCAGCUCGAGCGAGCAGUCGAAGCAGACCAGUCGUCCUACGACUGGGGACAGUCAGACGACUGCUGAACCCUUCGCGACGCAAACUAAGCCGAUCGGUUCUGGUCUGCUGGAGCGUAUUGAGCAGAUACGCAGUAAUCGUGUCUCAUUGUCUGGUGAGCAAGACGCUCUUGAGACAAAGAUACCUCGUCUUGCGGACCUGAAGAAACGAGACGCGAGUCCGCACUCAGCGUCACCGCCACCAUUGCUCCGCGCCCAGUCUUCGCCGUCUUCGCCCUACCACACGCCUAAUCGAAGUGUCGACCUGAAGUCAGAUCAUGGCCUUGAGGCCACCACCAAAGGCCCUCCAGAGAUCGAAAGCCACCAUUUGGAAAAGCGACUUGGCGAGAGGCUUGGUGUCAAUCGACUGGCCAGCAAGGUCGGAAAGGUGGCGCCAUCACUCAUCCCUCGAUCUGUACCGCCGUCAAAGGAAGAGUCCAACUUCACACGGGUGUCCGCAUUGGCAAAGCACUUCGAGCAGAUGUCCCGCGAGUUCGAGAAGGAGCGUCUUAAGGAGCGAAAGCAGAGAGCACUACGGAGCCGGUAUGCCAGAGCAAGCCCUCAGAUCAGCAGCCACCCGGUUGUGGAGGUCUACAGGAACGCUACGGAUGCUGUAGGAGAAAGGAGUCUCGACGCCGUGCGGGAAGAUCGAACUGCUGAGGACCGGGGCACAGAGCACUCGCAGGCUGCUGAAGCUGUGCAACAAUCGAACUUGACGGACUCAGAAGAGUUGCCAACAGAGCAAUUCGACCGUAAUGCAGAGACCACGCAGUCGACAGGACAGGAGCAGGAGACUCGCGAGACGGAGCAGGUUCCGGAUGGGGAUGGAAGCGAAGCAGAAUUUAUACCCAACCGACGGCGAGACGUUUCAGAUCCGGUAUCUACUGUUGUGUCUUCUGGUCUGAUGUCGCCCACUGCCUCUGUGCCAGACAUCGAAUUGCACCCAGAGCUGUCCAUUCCCGAGCACAGAAAGAACGUCUGGUUCAAUUACCUUUCCGAGUUCUGGUCGAAGCGGUCGGCAUCUGGAUGGGCGCCAUUGGAGUAUCCUCUUCACUCCACUGAGCAUGUCUUCGAGGAUUCCGACAUCAUUGUCCGAGAAGACGAACCUUCUUCGGUCAUCGCGUUGUCUCUUGCUUGUCCGGACUACACUCUCAAAGUGCAGGAGUUCCGCAGCCACCCAAAGAAGCAGAAGGCUCAGCCGCCUCCAGCCAAAAACGCUGCGGAAGAAGAAUCGCGGCGAGAAGCUAUUGAGGCUUCGCUUCUCAGUGACACUGGCACGCAUAUGAAGUACUCGUUCGCGCAUGGUCAGGUCAAAGCUUCCUGCAAGAUCUUCUACGCUGAGUCGUUCGAUGCUCUCCGACGAAGGUGCGGCGUGGCUGACCGCUUCGUGGAAUCGUUGUCACGUUGCCUCAAGUUCGAUUCGAAGGGCGGCAAGACGAAGUCGCUCUUCCUCAAGACGCUCGACAACCGCUUCAUCAUCAAGAGCCUGCAGGAGGUGGAGUUGAAAGCUUUCACCAAGUUCGCUCCCGACUACUUUGCUUUCAUGAGCCACACACUUUUCCAUGGUGUGCCGAGCGUAAUUGCCAAGAUGUUCGGGCUUUUCCAGGUCUUCAUCAAGAAUCCGGCAACUGGCAUGGAGUUCUCGUACUAUCUAAUUGUCAUGGAGAACCUAUUCUACGAGCGGAACCCGAACCGUCGCUUCGAUUUGAAAGGCAGCAUGCGGAACCGCAAGAUCGAGAGCACUGGCCAGCCAGACGAAGUCUUGCUCGACGAAAACCUCGUCGAAACCAUCUUCGAAUCUCCGCUCUUCGUCCGCGAACACGCCCGCAAGCUCUUGCAGGCAAGCGUCUGGAACGAUACAAUGUGGCUAUGCAAGCAGAACGUUAUGGACUACAGCUUAAUGGCCGGCUUCGAUGACGAGCGCAAGGAGCUCAUCGUGGGUAUCAUCGACUGCAUCCGGACUUACACUUGGGACAAGAAGCUGGAGUCGUGGAUCAAGGAUCGUGGGAAGAACAAGCCGACCAUCACCAGUCCGAAGGAUUACCGGAACAGGUUUCGGGUGAGCAUGAUGCAAUAUGUGCUGCAGGCGCCGAAUUGUUGGCAUCAGUUCCAGGCACAGAUGGCGCCGCCGAAGACGUUGAACGAUGGGGCUGACACGCAUGAUACUGAUCGCGAAGGCGAUGCUCGGAGGAGCGAAGGGUGA